UAUAUACAUUACAAAAUUAGGGUUUUUUGUGAUCCACUCUGAAACGGCGACACAACAUCAAGAGGCGCGAAAAUGGUGAAAUUUCUGAAGCCAAACAAAGCCGUAAUCGUCCUUCAAGGACGAUACGCCGGUAAAAAGGCCGUUAUAGUUCGUAACUUCGACGAUGGAACUCGCGAACGUGCUUACGGUCACUGUUUAGUUGCAGGUAUCAAGAAAUAUCCAAGCAAGGUUAUCAAGAAGGAUUCAGCAAAGAAAACCGCUAAGAAAUCGCGCGUUAAGGCUUUCGUUAAACUUGUGAACUAUCAACAUUUGAUGCCUACUCGUUACACUCUUGAUGUUGAUCUUAAAGAGGUUGUUACUCCUGAUUCUCUUCAGUCUAAGGAUAAGAAGGUUACUGCUUUGAAGGAGGCUAAGAAGAGGUUCGAGGAUCGUUUCAAAACUGGGAAGAAUAGGUGGUUCUUCACUAAGCUCAGGUUUUGAGUUAGUUUGUUGUUGGAAACUGUUUUUUUGUAUCGUGAUUUUAGUAUUUUGUUGUGUUUUUGAACUGGUUAUGGAUUUUGGAAUUGUUGUUGCUGGUAUUUGAUAAUUGGAUAAUUUGGUAAUGCUACUACAUUGAGGAUUCUAUAUUGUGUUUUGUUUUAUUUUCUGGAGUGUAUUUUUUAUUUAUGUGUUGUU